AGGAGAAGCGCGUUCGCGCGUCCUGCACGCAGUGCAGUGUGGAACCUCUAGGCAACGUGGGCUGGUGCUCUGCAGGGAAGCGUGCGCGUUGGUGCUUGGCCAGCCGCGGCCUUGCGGGCUCGGGGGGCCGCAAGUCUGGUCUUUCUCCAUUAGGAUAAGCGCUCACGGCGGGCCGCGCCGCGCCCUGACCCGGCCUAACCAUGCUGGUGCUGUUUGAAACGUCCGUCGGCUACGCCAUCUUUAAGGUUUUGAAUGAGAAGAAACUUCAAGAGGUUGAUAGUUUGUGGAAAGAAUUUGAAACUCCAGAGAAAGCAAAUAAAAUAGUUAAGCUAAAACAUUUUGAGAAAUUUCAGGAUACAGCAGAAGCAUUAGCAGCAUUCACAGCUCUGAUGGAGGGCAAAAUCAACAAGCAACUAAAAAAAGUUCUGAAGAAAAUAGUGAAAGAAGCCCAUGAACCCCUGGCUGUAGCUGAUGCUAAACUAGGAGGGGUCAUAAAGGAAAAGCUGAAUCUCAGUUGCAUCCAUAGUCCUGUUGUUAAUGAACUUAUGAGGGGAAUUCGAUCACAGAUGGAUGGAUUAAUACCUGGGGUAGAACCACGUGAAAUGGCGGCUAUGUGUCUUGGGUUGGCCCACAGCUUGUCCCGGUAUAGAUUGAAAUUUAGUGCUGAUAAAGUGGACACAAUGAUUGUUCAGGCAAUUUCCUUGUUGGAUGAUUUGGAUAAAGAAUUAAACAACUACAUUAUGCGGUGUAGAGAAUGGUAUGGCUGGCAUUUCCCGGAAUUAGGAAAAAUAAUUUCAGAUAAUUUGACAUACUGCAAGUGUUUGCAGAAAGUUGGUGAUAGGAAGAAUUAUGCCUCGGCCCAACUUUCUGAAUUACUGCCAGAGGAAGUUGAAGCAGAAGUAAAAGCAGCUGCAGAGAUAUCUAUGGGAACAGAGGUUUCAGAAGAAGAUAUUUGCAACAUUCUGCAUCUCUGCACUCAGGUGAUUGAAAUCUCAGAGUAUAGAACCCAGCUCUAUGAAUACCUACAAAAUCGAAUGAUGGCCAUUGCACCCAAUGUCACAGUCAUGGUUGGAGAAUUAGUUGGAGCACGGCUCAUUGCUCAUGCAGGUUCUCUUUUGAAUUUGGCCAAACAUGCAGCUUCCACAGUUCAGAUUCUUGGAGCGGAAAAGGCACUCUUCAGAGCUCUGAAGUCUAGACGGGAUACCCCUAAGUAUGGUCUCAUUUAUCAUGCUUCGCUCGUAGGCCAGACAAGUCCCAAACACAAAGGAAAGAUUUCUCGAAUGUUGGCAGCCAAAACUGUUUUGGCUAUCCGGUAUGAUGCUUUUGGUGAAGAUUCCAGUUCUGCGAUGGGAGUUGAGAACAGAGCCAAAUUAGAGGCCAGGUUGAGGGCCAUUGAAGAUAGAGGGAUAAGGAAAAUAAGCGGGACAGGAAAGGCAUUAGCAAAAGCAGAAAAAUAUGAGCAUAAAAGUGAAGUGAAGACUUAUGAUCCUUCUGGUGACUCCACACUGCCAACCUGUUCUAAAAAACGCAAGAUAGAACAGGUAGAUCAAGAGGAUGAAAUAAUUGAAAAGAAGGCAAAAAAAGCUAAGGUUAAAAUUAAAGUUGAAGUAGAAGAAAAAGAAGAGCAAGAAGAAGAAGAAGAAGGAGUACUAGUGGUAGAAGAACAGGAGACAUCUGUGAAGAAGAAGAAGAAAAAGGAUAAGAAGAAACACAUUAAGGAAGAACCGCUUUCUGAGGAAGAACCAUGCACCAGCACAGCGGUUCCUAGUCCAGAGAAAAAAAAGAAAAAGAAGAAGAAGAAAGGUAAUGAGGACUAAUGGAAAGGAAUCACAGUUGGAUCACCUGGAUACAUCGUCCUUAAGAUUCAGUCAAGAGUAUGCCAGAGAUGCUCCCUAAGAUAAUCGAGGAUGAACAGAGGUUUAGUGAAACAAAGUGAUUACUCAUUUAUAGCUUUUCAAACCUACUUGUGUCUUGACAUCAACUCUGUUAACUUUAUUAUGUCAUCAUUUUUAGUCUUUGUAAUACAAAUAAAAAUAUUUUCUUGGUA